GCUGAACAGUGCGUGUCUUGCGAGAGUAAAGUGUCAGGAUGGCAAGUGCGGGUAACAAGAGUACAGCCGUUACCAUGCAGACGAAGCCCGUGGAGGUAUCCCAGCAGCUGCAGGACGGGGAGAAGUUUAUCAAGUGGGACGAGGAUUCCGGGAUAGUGACGCCGGUGACCCUGAAAGUGGAUAAAUACGGCUUUUACUUGCACUGGGUGGAUCAAAAUCACGAGAUGGAUAUGCUGGACAUUGCCGUUAUAAGGGACACGCGGACGGGGAAGUACGCAAAAAUGCCAAAGGAUGCAAAGCUGAAAUCCCUCGUGACAAUGGGUUCCCAAGACUCUCUCGAAGAGAAGACACUAACGAUCUGUUACGGCUCCGACUUCGUCAAUAUGAACUUCCUCCACUUCUGCACAAUGCGUUCGGAAAUAGCGCAACAUUGGGCGGACCAGCUUUUUCAGCUGGCGUACAAUCUGAUACAAUUGAACACUAGCACAACUAUGUUUUUACUGAAAGCGCACACCAAGCUCACACUUACCGCUGACAAAUCUGAGAAAAUACCGGUAAAAAAUAUAAUAAGAAUGUUCACGCAAAAUAAGGAGGACCGCAAGCGCGUUGAGAAAGCACUCGACAUUUCUGGCUUUCCGUCUGGCAAAGUGAGUUCUGCGCGAAACGACGUCGUGCCGUUGUCAAAGUUCCAAUUUGAGGACUUCUUCAACUUUUACAAGUCGCUCACUCAGAGGUCGGACGUGGAGAAGGUGUUCGAGGGGAUUGUCCGAGGGGACGGCAACAGCAAGCGCAGACUGAUGUCCGUCUCGCAGUUCGUCGACUUUCUGAACAAGACGCAGAGGGACCCGCGCCUCAACGAGAUACUCUACCCGUACGCGAGCGAAGCGAGGGCAAAAGACAUUAUAAAUCAGUACGAGCCCAACAAGUGCAACGCGAAUAAGGGCCAGCUUAGUUUCGACGGGUUCCUAAGGUAUCUCAUGAGCGAGGACAAUCCGAUUGUCGCCGUCUCGAAAGUCGAAUUGUCCGACGAUAUGGAUCAAUCGCUCGCGCAUUACUUCAUCAAUUCUAGUCACAACACGUAUCUGACAGGACACCAACUCACCGGCAGGAGCUCCGUGGAAAUUUAUCGGCAGUGUCUCCUGGCCGGUUGCCGAUGCGUCGAAUUAGAUUUUUGGAAUGGCAAGGUCGACGAACCCGUUAUCGUUCACGGAUACACGCUGGUACCUGAAAUAUACGCCCGAGAUGUGAUAGAGGCGAUCGCCGAGACCGCAUUCAAAACGUCCGAGUUCCCGGUGAUCCUCAGCUUCGAAAAUCACUGCAAUCCGCGGCAGCAGGCCAAAAUCGCGCAAUAUUGCAGAGAGGUUUUCGGGGAAAUGUUGCUGGACGCGCCGCUCGAGUCGCAUAAGUUAGAACCGGGUCAAGAGCUGCCACCGCCGUCGUUACUCAAGCGUAAAAUCAUAAUAAAAAAUAAGAAGAAGCAUCAUCAUCAUCACAAGAAACAUCUGAAAAAGCAGCAGCAAGUGUUGGAGAUCGUUGAAGGCACCCCGGACAGCGAGACGAACGGGACAGCUAAUCCGUCGGCUGCGGGGGAGAAUGGACCACCGCCGGACGUAAUCCCACAGAACGAGCUCGAGCCUGACGGUGUUGCAGUCGGGAAUGACCAGCAAAUCGGAAACGGCGACAUCCCGCAUCCUCCGAUGCUGCAACAGCGACAGGGUAGCAAGGAUAGUGCCCAGGACGACGAAGACGAGGAGGAGGAAUCGAGCACGGAGGAAGAUGAGUCCAACGUGGAGGACAUGAAGAUGAGACUGGGCGAUAAGGCCGUGCCGGACAAGGCGUCUUCAGCGAAGGAGACGGAGGCGGGCGCGGAGAUCUCGGCCCUGGUUAAUUACGUGCAGCCCGUGCACUUCAACAGCUUCGAGUCGGCCGAAAAGAAAAAUCGCAUGUACGAGAUGUCGUCGUUCGACGAGAAGCAAGCGACGACGCUCUUGAAAGAGAAGCCGCUCGAGUUCGUGAAUUACAAUAAACAUCAAUUGUCGAGGGUUUAUCCGGCAGGGACGCGAUUCGACUCGAGCAACUUUAUGCCGCAGGUAUUCUGGAACACGGGAUGCCAGUUGGUCGCGUUGAAUUAUCAGACGCUCGAUCUCGCGAUGCAACUGAAUCUGGGAAUAUUUGAGUACAAUCAGCGCUGCGGUUACCUACUGAAACCGGAAUUCAUGAGGAGGAAAGAUCGGCGAUUAGAUCCAUUCGCCGAGUCGAUCGUCGACGGUAUUAUCGCGGGCACGGUACACAUUCACGUGAUAUCCGCGCAAUUUCUGACCGAUAAGAGAGUGGGCACUUACGUAGAGGUGGACAUGUACGGUUUACCGGCGGACACCGUGAGGAAGAAAUUCCGCACGAAGAUCGUGCCGAAUAACGGCAUUAAUCCCAUAUACGACGAGGAGCCGUUCGUAUUCAAGAAGGUAGUCUUACCGGAACUUGCCUCGAUAAGGAUUGCCGCGUAUGAGGAGUCCGGACGUUUAAUCGGUCACAGGGUACUUCCCGUGGUCGGAUUAUGCCCAGGAUACCGACACGUCUCGCUAAGAACGGAGUGCGGGCAACCACUGCCACUGGCCAGUCUGUUCUUGCACGUUAUCGUGAAGGAUUACGUUCCCGACGGUCUGAGCGAGCUCGCCGAGGCUUUGGCGAAUCCCAUCAAGUACCAGAGCGAGGUGGAGAAGAGAGAGAAUCAAUUGCUGGUGCUCACCGAUUGCCUGGAAGCGCCGGACGAAAUCGAAGAUAAGAGCAAAGUUAGCGACGCUUCUAGUUCCGCUAAGCCAGCGACUGAGGAAGUCGUGAAGACGAAAAGAAUGCAGUCCAUUGGCGAAUUGCCUUCUACUCUUCUACCGACUUCCACUAGCUUGCAUGGUAGACCGUCCAUCGCCGGCCUGAGCAGCUCGGAGACGAUGGAUUUGGAGGACGACGUCCCGUUCUCUGCAGUCCAGUCGGUCGAUACAUCCCUGAACAAGAGUCCGAUCAAUGCCAGCAGCAUGAGCGACGAGGUCGUGGCUGAGAGCUUGGACAAGCUCAUGGAGAACAAGCUGGUGAGGGAGAAGAAGCUGGAGCUCGAGAAGAAGCUCGAAUCGCUGAGGAAGAAGCACGAGAAGGAGAAGAUGCGAGCGCAGUCGCAGAAGGGCUCGCUCGACGGCGAGAAGCACAGAUCCAAGUUCUACAUGAGCAACAGGCUGGUGAAGCGGUUGUCGAGCAAAAAUAUCAGUUUUUCGAGUGAAGUGGGUUUAAGCACCUUGGCCAUGUCCGCUGAGUCGUCCGAAUGCGCGGAGAACGCGGAGAACCGCGAGGGCAAUGACGGUGGGACCCGGGGUUUGCCCAGAAGUCAGAGCGAACGGUUUCUGGCGAUAUGUAAGGCGCACGUUCAGCAGGAACGUGAAUUGCAGGAAAAGUAUUACGAGAGCCUGUUCGCGACGGUCGAGAAGGUGAUGAGAUCGUCGCAGUCCAAUCAGUUGAAAACGCUCCAGGUGCUCUUCGACAGGGAGACAGCGGACGUUAAGCGGAAGCUGCAGGCCACGAGGCAGGGCGAGGUGAAACAACUGGCCAAGGUGCACAAGGACAAGGCCGAGCUGGAACGCAUAAAGAGGGAAGUCGCGAAAUCGACCGUGGAGAAGGCCGUGAACGAGUGCACGCGCCUAACGAAGAUUUACGACAAGAAGAGAGCGGAGCUGGAAAGGCAGCACGAGGAGGUGCGGCAGAGGCUGGAGGAGGAGCGAGCCAAGGUAAAAGCUAAUCUACUAGCAGAGUACAGUAGUCGUUACAGCAAGUACGAGAGCGGUGAGUUACCCCUGUCGCCAUCGGGCGGAGCUAGCAUGCCCGAGUCGCUUAGCGAGAACACGUAUUGACUCGCGAAACGGCGAGUUGCCUAGCUCGUGUGUUGAUCGAAAGUGUGACGCCGGUUCAUGAUGUCCGCGUCGCCGCUGUACGCAUUGUUCGAAGGGUUCACGCGUUCGACUUGGUGCGUCGAGCGUCAAAAUUUACGACCCGAAUUGCCGGGUCGUAAUGAUGAUUAUGCACGGACGUCGUUUCCGCGUCGUCCGAAAGCACGAAGGGAGACGAAGAGCCGGCACGACGAAGCGUCGGCGUUCUCGGUGCUGAUCCAGCGCAGCAGCUCGACGAUGACGAAAACGUUUUUGCCAUUCCGAUAAGUUAGUCGACUCGGUGCUGAAGAAUUCGGAGAUGAAGUGAUGACUUUCAGAGGCAGCUUGUGAGGCACGACGACGAUUAACAUCUCGACUACUUGUGUACGAUAUAUAAGCUGUAUGUAUAUACCGAACUUCUACCGUUUAAUACUUCAAGGAGAUUAGGUGUCGAAUAAUGACGUGGACGGAGGUAAUUUUCUAUUACUUCAACGCUGUGUCUUUUACUACGAUGAUCACUUGUCUUGAUCGGCGCAUUGAUCGUGCGUCGGUCGAGAAUUUUUCAUCGGUCGUCUCCCAGUCACUAGACACGUGUGGAAACGCUAUGUCUUGAUCUCUUUACGAUAAAGCGUCUGCUUAGUAAGCACGAGAAGGGAAAUAUGUGAAAUUUCAAUAUAAUAAGCGUGAUUUAUUCAGGAUCUGAACCAGUCGCUGACGGUCGAUUAUGUAUUUACAUGAUAACGAGCAAAUUAAGAUCGCGUUCGCGAGGGGUAUAUAUAUAUAUAUAUAUAUAAUUCUAAAUAAGAAGAAUACAACCUUCCUAAGUGCUAACGUUUAAUAUUGUUGUUAUAUGCAUAAGGUAUCGUUAUUUAAUCGAUUACAUAAAGAAACUGAUCGCGUUCCAGGAUGUUCCGUUUACGCGGGAAAUAGACAAAUUGGUCUUCGACUACCAAGUCAGAUCUCAGGAGAUUCCAGUCAGAAUAAUGUACGAGCUGUAGAGAGAGAGAGACAGAGAGAGAGAGAGAGGGCGAGGGCGAAAUCUCUUUGGCCUAGGGCGGAAGGAAAGGUGUCGGGAUAAACUUGGACGUGGACGCGCGAGUGGUCUGAUCUAUAUUUUUGACUGAAAGUACUCCGUGUUAAAUAAAAUACUUUUUUUCGGAGGGAUGUGCCCGUACCGUGGGAAGAUAAUAUAUCGGGGCAUUACUGGGUGGUAAGGUGGAUGUCCCGGUAUUCGUUAGGGUUGAGAAAAAGGAACAGUUGACCGGCAGCUAAUACCGUACGGUCCGGUCGGGCGAACCUCUUUGAGGAAGACAAUCAAAAAUGUUACAAGCGGUAACAUUGUCCUUGUUGUUUCUAAUCGUACGAUAUUUUAGGCUACUCUAUACGAUAUACGUGUACACACAGGUAUCUACGAGGGGGUUCUUCUCUUUAACUGUAACGAACAUAGGAUUAAAAACUUACCGCAUCGUGAGUCUAUCUACGGUAUCUCGCUGGUAGAUCCGCUAUUUAUUUAACGUGUUGAUUUAGCUUUGAAGGCAGAGGUACGCGGGGUGUAUCUAAGCAACUGCUGGGCGAUAAUCGCACAAUUAACGACGAUCAAAUGGAAGAAUGACGUUUCACCGAGCUAACGUAAUGUUAUAUCUACUUAAGUGAGUUUUAAUUAUACUCUGCGCGGUUUCUGUUAUUUAUGCGUACAAUUUGACGUCAGUCGGGGACUGCGUCUUUCACAGUCUGGCAACUGUGAGUUGGAUACAUAGUUUGAGUUUUCGAGAAGUUUAUUCGUUGUUAAGGAUAUUAUCGGCAAGCCGGAAGCGGGAGAUCAUGUUAGUGAUGCGAUCUAGUUGCACAAGCGUACUGCACAACUGAUCUCGUGGCAUUUAUAGUAGUCCCGAAAUUGAAUUGCGUUCCCUUACGCGUUGUGUAAUUCAAUCUUUACAGUACAUAUUUAUUGCACGUACUUACUACAUCGAAACAAGAUCUGCGCCUUGAUCCGAUCUUCGAUCACGUAGUUGUCUAGAAUAAGAGUUACCACUCGCAUGGAUAGGAAAAUGAUAAUUAUUUGCGAACUUGAACGAAUCUCUCAACAUGUGAAUUACGUUACGUUACAUACGAUAUGUGAAUUAUUAAUACUUUACACAUGUAUCGAGUUUUCGUAAGGCACAAAGGUAUGUGUUCAUUCUUCUCAAUUACAUUAAUUUCUUUAUUUUAUUUCUUUUUCUUUUAUUGGGAUUUCGUCGAACUUAUAAUUUCUACGUUAGUAUAUACAAAAUGCGAAUGAAAAUGCGUUACAAACGUGAUCAAAAUUUUAUAUAUAUUUAUGUUACCUACGUUUUCCAAACGUAUGUAUACAAAUCAUGUAUGUUAUUAUACAAAUUCGUUUGAAAUUGUGCCAUCGCAUGCAAUAAUGAUUGGGUAAGUACUGCAUACUGCAUAGAAAGAUCUCAAAAUUAUCAUUAAAAAUCCUACUGCACAAUUAUUAUAUUAUUUCUCGCAAGAACAUUGCGGGGAACGACGAGUGAAUCGAGAAAGAGAGAGAAAGAGUUGCUCGCGCGAUUAUUCGUACCAACCCAACGAGAAGGGGAACGGUGAAGCAAUUAAAGCGGAUGUGUUUAUUAUUGCAGGCAAUAGUGCGUGCAUCCCCGGUAAACCAAGAGGGGUGGCUUCUAAAAUUAUAUCCCGCGUGCACCUCCCUCAGACAUGACUCGAACGUUUCUUUGCUGUAGACGUAAGAAAGAGCAGUAGAGCAGCAUUUGGUUCUCGCAGUUUCAACAAGUCGCUACAUGUAUAUCUGCGAUGAGCUUAGUCUUACACGCGCUAGUCGCCGAGCAAAGUUACCGUUUUCUUAGUCGGCGCCAAUUAGCGAUUUCUUCCACAAACGAAGUUACCGAACGUUGGUGUGAUCGUUAGCAUGUAGCGUGGCGAAUACGACUGAUGAUCUUCCACAUCGGGGUGGACCGUCGAUGAUAGAUCGUAAUGAAGACGAUGUAGAUAUUUAAAGGGCGAGUGAUAGCCCUUUGUAGCGCGAGAACCUGAGACCCUAUGAGGAGAUCAGAUAGCGUUGUUCGCGCUAAUCGUAUGCGUUAACGUCGAUAUUUCUGCGAGAGACUGAGCGAACGAGGCACGUGUGCCUUUCAUGUCGUCGAGCAAGUGCUCCGCACUGACGAAAUUUAAUGACAGGAUCAGUGACAUGCGAAUUCUGCCAUGCAGCGCUUUAUUAGUGAUCAUUGUUAAUAAUAAAAUGGCACGUGUUCCUCGUGGUGCUGUCUCGGUUCUCCUCCGAAUGCGUUAAUUUAUUGCGCUUGCGACUUCUUUCGUCGAUGCCUUGCUGAGGAACGCGGGUAUUUUUAAUACAUGUUCUGAUAUUUAAUGUAAGUUCACGAUACUUUACAGUACGGUCUCAGGAUCCGCGGUAUCGCAUACGUAUAUUGAUAUUGAUUUUCUUUUCCUCUCUUUUUCUCGGUAUGAUCGAAGCGCGCAGGAUUCUCGCGAUUAUAUAUUUUGAUUGUCUGAGAGAGCUGUAGUAUCUCUGUAGUAUUAAAAUUGGGGGAAAAAAGAAAUGCGUGAGGUGAUUGGGAUUAAAAGAGGUGAGCAAGUAGAAAGCGUAUUUCCAAAUAUAGUUUAUUUAGUUCCGUUUCUCUCUCUCCGAUAGUAUUUAUUCGAUUUUAAUCGUUUUGUCUGUACUAUAUAAUUGAGGAGUUGGAGAUCGAUUAAUUUAUAUUACACAAAUUUCACAUAUGUACUAUUUUCAUCAUUCUUUCUCUCCGAAUUAUGUCGAUUUCAAGAUCACUUUUUCUAAGAUUAUGUAAAGAGCUGUCUGCGUGUCCAACUCGCCAAUUAUAAUUAUUUCGUAUAUUUAUAUAGUGUGAUCCAUCUAUGCAUUUAUGUCUUUCGACUAGAUCGAGAAUGCUAUGUGUGUGUGUGUGCGCGCAUCUUGUCACAGAUAUCUUUUCCCGUAUGUAUACGUAUACUAUACGAAUAGAGAUAUCGCAUACUUGAGGGACAUGAUCGGCGUCGUGUUCUCUUCCUACAUUCGUGUAACGCGUAUAAUGCAUAUGUAUAUGCGCGUAUGCACGUUGCACACGUACACGUAUGUACAUAAAGUAAGCAUAAAAAUUUACGCUAACGGGGUAUAUAGAUAUUAUAUUCAUGUUGAUAUAUUAUGUGUUGUUGCUGUUGAUGUUGUUAAUCAUAGGGUAACUAUAUAAAGAGAAAAAUGGUAGCGCUAGAAUAAUCGUUGUUAAUAUAGAAACUACCGAAAAAAACCAGAGUUCCACACAUACACACGUACACUUACACACUUACACACCACUUACACACAUACACACGUACACUCACGACGAACACGUUCGCGCGCGGAUUGUUAAGCGCAAUAUCGAUUAAUCUUCGGAUGCGUGCGUGCGGUGUUACCAGCUUAUAUACAUGCGAUCCUGUCUGUCUCGACCACUCUGGCGUUGCCGAUGUUAUUGUUCUAGACACUGCUUUUCCGCAUUUUAAACAAAUGAAACAGAUUCCCGAUGCAAAAGAAAAAGACAGAGAGAGUUACUCUUUUUUUUAGUACCGGAACUAUAGUCUCCGGAAUAGAAGUCUAUCUCCUCGACCUCAUCGACGCCGGAGUGGUCAAUUCCGAGGACUACCUCGCCAGGGAGGUACCUCCUGAGUUACCUAAAACGCUAAGGUUUGCCAAAUAGAAUAUUUAAAUAAACGUAACGUCAGCAUCGAAGCUUCCUGUGACGGACGUGUUGGUUGUUCCGUUGGAGUAACGCGAGCGGAGUGGAUGCCCGUUGGUGUCCGUUGUAGAUAUGUGUAGUUUGGAACGGCCUACAAACGAUCGUAGUGAUUCGGCUCAGCUCUCUGUGUCUUGCGUUUCCUCCUCGUUUGCCCUUUCAGGGAUGUAUUCUUUAGCCGUGUAUCGCGUGUCGCCUGACGAAGUUCGAAGCGUCCCUCGAACGUUCGCGAUGAACGUCAGAAUCGAGACCGGGCAUGACCAGUUUCUCCCCCGCAGCAGAUUCACCCAAGGUCUCCCUCGCUAUCUUUAUCUCGCGCGUCUCCCCCCGUCUCAAUUAUUACGUCAAUUCUCCGGUAACAAGGAUCUCUUCUCUAACAACGAUUCUUCGUACCUGACCGCGCUAUCGUCCUCGACUGUUUGCGUCCACUUUCGAGUCUCUCGCGAGCCGGAGGAAGUAUCCUCCUCGGGAUCGAAGUGUGCUUGCGAUUAUGAUUUUUUUUUCAUUGAACGCUCGCGGGAGAUUCGCUAAACGUUCUGCGAAUAUUUUCGCGGUCGAUUUGCGAUUAUCGACCGCGGCGAUAUUACACGGAGAUAUUUAUAAAUGCUCGUCAUUAUCGCUUCGCAGUCGUGUGUCCUCGAGUUCUCCGCACUGGUUUCCGUAAUCGCGACGUUACCGCCAGUUCGCGACCGACAAUGAAAUAGAGUAAUUACGACACGAUUAUGUACACGUAAGAUGCAACGACGAUAUUCUUGCGGACCUGCAAUGCGAUUGGUGGUCCCAGUCGAGGAACUUCAUCCCGGGGAACUUCGCCUCACGACGCGCCCUGCACAUUCAGUGAACGAUAUCUUGAUUUACACGCGAAAUGCACGCACCGUAAACGUGAACGAGCGUGCUUGUUAAACGCGUCUAGGCGUUGAGCGAUUAUGUAUCCGCUUUGUGUGAUCGAGAUCGCAAUGUUAACGUAGCGUCGUAGAGCUCUGUGUCGCAGGGUGUUCGCUUCCACGGCCGUGACACUCGCCAGAUGAGGGAUGCGCCGGGCGAGGAAUGAAGGGACGAAGUGCGGAAGAAGGAGAAAGAAAAAAGAGAUAGAUCGCCGAUCAUUGUAAUCUCGCAGCCCGGAUCGAUAGUGCGAGUGUGUAAAUAUGUGACGGUGUCGUGCGUAUAGUAGAGCAAUGCAUAUGCAGACGUACACGUUGUCCACUUUGUACAUUGUCAGGGAUUAGCCCUUGCGCAAAUGAUUUCGUCUUCCCACAUAGCUUAAUUGCGGUAACUCGAUCGACGAAGUGCCGCGUAUUGUAAAUUUCGUUAUUCUUAGUUCUUACGUCGACUUUAUUCCCGUGGAUUUCUCGGUUUGUUAAGGGAUGAUCAGUUCCAUUUCGUCGCACAUCAUUUCGUCUUGUAAGCGAUAUAACGACCGAGGAAUUACAAUGAUUUGUUGUGUUCACGCAAUCUUGUUUUUUUAUUUUAUUUCCCGAUUCUUCUCUCCUGCUUCUCCGUUUAUAGUAAUUCUCGCAGAUUUCAGUUGGCUGUAUACUUGUGAUAUUAUGAGCGUUGAUGCUAUAUUAAAUUUAUUUGAUUUAUUAUUUUAUGAUUCUCAGUCGAUCGAUUUAUCCCUCGAUUAGUAUUAACGCUCAUUCACGCUAAAUUUCCAACGACGAAUAUCUCGCGAUGAAAGUAUCUAGGCAGCAGCAGUCUUAAAUGUGCAGUCAAUGUCGUAUGCUAUUCACGUUCUAUUGCUGUUACACGAAAAUGUAAGCGAAAAUUACAAGUAAACGCGUGGCUCUCUCGAACGGCACAGCGCAUAUAUCGUCGGUUGUAUCAAAGGUUGUGCGAUGAAAAACAAAAAAAAUCGGAUCGAGAAAAAGAAUCGCUGUCGAGAGUGAAGAUAUACGUAAACUACGUAACGUAAUUUUCUACGUGCGAUUAAUUGGCCGAGCACGAUGCAGCUCCGUGUAGCGUAAAUUCGAUUCCGAACGGUGAUCUUGUUUCUGCGGACGCUCCAUUUCGCGAAAAUCAACGACCUGGGAUCUCUCGAUCCUCGUUCUGCGAGUCCUACAUUUCGAUCGUCCGAUAUAUGAGUCUGAUUCUAAUACAAAAGACUGAGGGAUUGAAAGGAACGAAUCGCUGAUCGAGAUCAAUGCGGCAUUUUGAGCGUCAGCAGAAGUAAGACGUUCUCCCGCUGUUAGCAAUAGUUGUCGAUCAAUUGCGUCGACGGUGUCUGACUAUGUGUACGUAUUACAUAAUUUACACGUGUAUAUCUCGCGCGACGUCUCGAUCUUGAUCGCGGCGAGGAAGGAGAACAUAAUGGAAAACGACAGUGAUUAGUUUCAUCCAAAAUGAUUUCCCCUCUGACUCACUUGUGCCUUGCCCUCGAUCAUCCUUCUGCUGUUCUGUAUCCAGAUAUGAUCCCUCUUUUCUAAGUAAUCGUCUCUUCGAUGUUCGAUGUACUUUCUACGAAUAAGAGACUACCAAGCGAUCGGUAGACGCUACUGAGGAGCGUCUACCCACGUCGUUUGUGCCGUAAUGGUUCUAGCUCGUAAUCGGGAUAAAUGUACACCGAAUGAUAAUCUUACGGUUUAGUCCUUAAGAUAUCCAGAGAGUGAUUGCAAAGCAUCCGGAUCGCGGACGAUGGCGAAACCUUGCCGUCGAGGACACAUUUGGAGAACGAGACGUUGGUCAAUGUAGAAAUCAAGUCUUCUUCUGAGUUUCUAUGCUGCCCAGCGUUCCCGUUUUCUGCCUAUUCCCUGCAAUAUUAUAUAAUAAAUAUACAUAUGCAAAUUAUGAUUUACGAUUCUCUCAUAGCCCGAAGCUCUGGAAUGAACAAUGCAUUCAUCUCUAGUUUUGACAGAAUUUUUCCUGCAGAACUUAUAAGUUUCAAAAGUUUCAAUAACGAGAUCGGUGAGGCUCGAGAGCGGAUUCGUCGGAUCCGAUGCUUUACGACUUUCGCAAUUAUUAUAAAGGGCGCUGCUCGAGGUUCGAAGGCGUUCAUUGCGGACUAUAUGCUACUAUUAUAACUAACAGGAGUCGUCAUGCAGUGGAAGGUUGCUGUGGCAGGUGAUAUCCUCGUUCGUAAUACCGAGAGUAGAUGGAGAGUAGAUACUUGGCGGAUAUUGGUCGGUUGCAUGUACUAUUUGAAAAAGUUUUUUGUAUUAUUAUAUUACUAGUUAUACAUUCUGAGACCUCGAAAAUAAAUCGUGAUGUUCUCGACCGGAAUCUCUACAUUUUAUGUUCAUUCUGAGAGAUUAUCUCUGAACUUGGCUUUCACGCGGCGAUUUAUGAAUUAUGCGGGAGUUUAGGAGAGGUCAUCUCGCUCGCGUAGAAAAUAGUUCGUGUGUCAUGUAAAUGGACAAUGGAGGAAUUCCGAAUGGAGGAUAUUUCGUGGCGCUUGCUUGCACGGAGGUAGCUUGGACCGCUUCCACGAUUUCAAUAGAUCUCGAUGUGCCAUUUCGCCUUGCAGAGAAGUGCAUCUAGUUUCACACUUAAGCCGAACGCCGGGUUUCUGAUGCUUUUUGUAAAACAAGCAGCUGCAGAAGAACGGAAUGCGGAAUGUGUUCGCACGCGUGACGAUGCGCGUGCAAUUAAUUAUCGCGCUUAAUUAUAACAGAAUAGAUAAGUUGGACGAGGGAUCAACGCGAAACUGAUUGCACUUCUAGAAGGGGGGCGAAACGUGGCCGUCGAGCACGAUUGAUGUGAGCAGUUUUAAGACUAUUUGUAAACCUGGGUGUAUUUUUUAGAGGACAUAAAAAUUAGUUAUCCGCUAUGCGAAUAUUGAUACCAUAAUGCCCACUUAUAAUCCAUACGAUAUGAUCCGUGAGUUAUAGUAACAAUAUUCUAUAAAUGGCUGUACUAUUGUAAAAUCAAAGACAUAGCGUACAAUAAAGUUUAGUGUUGUAGGAG